UAAACAUGUCCUAGAGUUUGAGACCAACGAAUGUUUACAUGAAAAAGUAAGGGAAAAAUUCACCUAAAACACACACACAGGCCACUAGAUGAAAUAGUUGAAGGCCACGCUGUCAACUUGACAUUCAACUCACCGCCCUAAACCCCACACGAGGGAAGACGAAGGGGGCUUUCUCCAUGUUCAUUGCAGUGCCCCCCAUGGUCUUGACGCUAUAACUGCCUAUAAGAAUAAUUUAGCUUCAUCAGCCAGUAGUGUGAGGAAGAUCAUCUGAUGAUGUGUUCAAGAUGCUCUCUUCACCCAUUUCUCAUUCGAGAUUGCUGAACAAGCUGUCAUAUGUGACUGGUUUUUAUGUGCUGAGUAUUGGAGAAUGUGUUCACAGCAUGACCAACACCUCAUCAACAGAUGUGGAAAAUUUGUAUGUGUGGAAUCAAAAGCUGAAGAUGGCUUUGGUCUGUGUUCUUUAGCUCCUCCAAGCUUUUCUCAGCUAUCAUGUUUUGGAGCUAUGUCAGGAAGGUUUAACACUGCUGUAUACUACAAGAAGGGGCUUCAGAGAAACACCCCUGAUAUUUCCACAUCCAAAAUAUUAGCUGAAGUCGAACAUACUGGUGGUUGUGAUUCUGCCAUUUGCUCCAAAGCUCUUUCAGGGGAUGCGAUGGAACAAAAACUUCUUGAGUUUGAGGUUAAAAUUGACACGACUAGAUCUUCAAAUAGGUCCGUUGUAGAAUUCAAUGCAAAUCCCCUCUUCUCCAUGUCAGAAUCUUCUAAUGGAUGCCAUGAUGGGGACUAUUUCUUUUCAGAAGAACCUUCUAAAAGUGAUACACAAUGUUUAUUGAACCAAUGCCUACAUGAAUAUUGUUCAUCUUCAAAGUCAAAUUUGGAUCCUCAUUCAGCUUCCCUGAAAAAUGAUAUAGAUGAUGCUGGUGAGAGCUCCUCUUCUGUUGCACUUGACACUGAAGUACUGCAUGAUAAUAUGCCAGAAAGGGAUAUAUGCAUCUUAGUUCUCAAAAACCAUGGGCUGCUUGCAAGUGUUGGUAUUACAGAUGUUUUCACUUCUACCAGUAAUUGCUGUCUGGUCCCCUGCAAAGUGUGUGGCUGUUCUGAUACUACACUAAAAAUGCUGAUUUGUGAUAAUUGCAAUGACACAUUCCAUCUCUCUUGCUGCAAUCCUCGUGUAAAGAAAGUACCAUAUGGUGAGUGGCUUUGCCUCCCUUGUUUGAGAAAGAAGAGAAAACUGCUGACUGAGAAUUCAAGCAGUAAAUCUGUAAAUGCUAGCAAUAAAGCUGGUGGCUGUAGCAACAUAUUGUCAAAAGGAGAAGCGAGACAUAUAAAUUCCAUGUUGAGAGAGACAGAACCGUAUCGCUCUUCUGCUCGGAUUGGCAUUCAGUUUCAAGCUGAAGUUCCUGACUGGAAUGGACCCGUUAAUGAUGAGGCUAGUCCUACCACUGAACUAGUUGAAAUGGAUCCUUCUACAAGCUCACAUGACAUCAGUGUUAAUAAGAGUUUUAGGGUUGGCUCUAUUGGGAAUUGGCUACAAUGCCAGGAGGUCAUAUUAGGUAUUGGGAAGGGUAUUGAUGGAACUGUUUGUGGUAAAUGGCGCAGGGCCCCUCUUUUUGAAGUUCAAACAGAUGAUUGGGAGUGCUUUCAAUCUGUUCUAUGGGAUCCAGCACAUGCUGAUUGUGCUGUUCCUCAGGAGCUAGAAACAGAGGAAGUUAUGAAACAACUAAAGUACAUAGAGAUGUUGAGACCACGGCUUGAUGCGAAGAGGCGCAAAUUGGAUUGCAACAAGCGUAGUGACUUGCAAAAUGGUACAGAGACUUGAAAAUCUUGUAGAGUUUGAACAUGCAGAACUUAGGAAGUUUUAACGUGCACAUAGAUAGUAAUGCCUUUUGAGCUGAACAAUCAAUCAUUAACCGCAUGAUGUUAACAGGUCAAAAUGAUAAUGGUCGCCCAUUUCUCUUGAUUGCAUAUUGGAUAUUCCAUCCUAUGUUAUACAUAGUAUUUUUUGUAUGUUUCACUUUUUUAGUUUGUGUCACAGUUGUGUGCUUUUUUUAAGCGGC